AUGCGGGGGUUUUAUGGCAGGGCGAUGGGGGGAGGCCGGGAGGGGGUAGGCGAUGUGAUGUCCCCGCCACGGCAGGAGGGGUGCCCGUGCCCGCCCGUUUACAAGCACGCCAUCAAGGUGAGCUGCAUUGGAACCUGUGGGGUGUCUAACAAGAUCAAUGACACAGCAUGGACUGUGGAGGAGCAGUACUUUAACAGCACGCUGUCUCUGGCAGACAAAGGGGUCCUGACAGCUGGAGAGCACAACUUUCCCUUCCAGUUUCUGCUGCCAGCCUCUGCUCCUACAUCAUUUGAAGGCCCUUUCGGCAAGGUCCUCCAUCAGGUGAAAGCUGUGAUAGACACACCCCGCUUCUCCAAGGACUAUAAGUGCAACAAGAUCUUUUAUGUUCUCUGCCCUCUCAACUUGAAUGACAUCCCUGACAUCGAGCAGCCCAACACUAUGUCAAUCACCAAGAAGUUCAACUACAAGCUUGUGAAAAGUGGCAACGUUAUCUUGACUGCCACCUCGGAUCUGAAGGGGUACAUCGUGGGGCAAGCGAUCCAGCUCCGCACAGACAUAGAGAACAAAUCAGGCCGGGACACUGGGGCUGUGGUAGCCAGUCUGCUCCAGAAAGUAGCUUAUAAAUCCAAGCGCUGGAUUUACGACCUGAGGACCAUCGCAGAGGUGGAAGGCUCUGGAGUGAAAGCCUGGAAACAUGCAGAAUGGAAGGAGCAGAUCCUUGUUCCAGCACUACCCCAGUCCAUUCUGCAGGGCUGUAGCCUCAUACAUAUCGACUAUUACAUCCAAGUUUCCCUCAAGUCGCCAGAGGUUUCGGUCACUCUCCCCAUUUACAUUGGUAACAUUGCUGUGAACAGGGUGCCACUGAGCCCCUCCCGGUCCAUCCAGCACAUACCAUCUGCAGUGGUACCCAGUGCUCCCCCGGAGGAAGAGGAGGCUGCCAGUGGUUAUCACCCAAUGGACAAUGUCUUGAUCCCCACCAAAAGCCAUUCCCAGCAGCAGCCGUUCAGCUACGCCCCAGGACUGAGCUUCCAGGAGAUAAGGGUGGACUCGGAGCAGACGGGCUCUCCAAACCACCCCACGCUUUGCCUGUCAACGGGAGCCACUGUCCCUUACUAUGCUGAGGGGAACGUGGUGCCUGUCCCCACAGCCAGCUCGCUCAUUUUGCCUCCGGAGUACAGCACAUGGGGGUACCCAUACGAGGCGCCUCCAUCCUAUGAGCAGAGCUGCAGCAGUGCCAACUCCAGCAUCAGCAAUGGCAACUAGCCCCCCCUGCUUCAAGUCCCGCUGGUGCUGCCCACCCCAGGCGCCACGGUUCACCUGCCUACUGCAAAGUCUGGUACAGCACAAGGUGUCUUUUUAUAUCUCUGGCUGCUUGGUGGGGUAAAUGGCACAUCCCAGCCUGGGUUUUUUAAGUCUCUUUCUAGGGAGGGGGGAAAAAUAACCCAAAAAAGGGCAGCCAGAGUGACCUGUGUGCGUGCAUAGGAGAGGUCUGAGAAACCGAACCAUCUCUUGUUGCUGCAUCAAGUGCUGGAGAACUGGUUUUGCUCCAGGGAUGCCCUCUGCAGCAGCCUGUGUUCUGUACUGUAGUCAACACUAACUGCUUUACUAUCAAAGCACCUGCGAUGCCUUAUCUGAAAUGCUCCUGACUUGGCAUGUCUCCACUGUAGGUGAAGGCUGGGCUGUGUGGACUUUCUCUUCUCUUUUUAGGGGCCAUGUGCUCUCCAGAAGGGGUUUUGACAGCCCUUCUUCCUUGUCCUUGUAGGUCCUAAGGGUAGCUGAAACAGGAGGUUUCUUGGAGUAAGCAGGUUUGGAAGGUCAGGGACUCUUCAAAAGCCAAAAGCACAAGCCCUUGCUAUGCCUGUGUUGUGGGGUGAGUGACUGGCAGCCUUCAGCCCUCUUGCAGCAGGCUGGGCUGCUGCCUGUGUGGGGUGAGAGCAGAGCAGGCUCUGGUAUUGGGGAGCUCGCUGGGGCACUUGCUUGUAACCCAGGAGGCCCUGGUGGGCUGCAAGGGAGAGCCCAACCUUACUGUGGGGUGCCCAACAGCCAGCUUCUGGCUUUUUUCAGCAAGGGCAGUUUUUCAGAAGCCCUGUAGGAGAUGGUCUAUCCUUUUGCUCACUGCUGGAGUGCAGUGCCCAGAACGAACAGCGCUAGUCAGUCUGGAAGUAGGGGGACCUGCUCCCCCGAGUCCCUUCUCCCACCCCUGCGGAGUGCCCUCGCCAUCCCAGCUGCCGCUGCCUUCGGCAGGCCAGAAUUACAUGACAAUCAAGUUACAAAAGUCUGUCUGAUGCUACCUCCGAGUCUGCCCAAGGACCCUGUCGCUGGAAGCCCUUCCCUUUGGGACGACCCUCCCUUGAGGCCCAGCCUGGCGGCUCUCACAGGAGGGUGCCUGGCCUGGGGACUGUCCUCUCCACCAGUCGGUACUGGAUCACCACUUGUCACCUCUCGAGCCACAGCAGGAUGCAGAAAUGAGUGAGCGGGAACACCAACUGCUGCGCCUCAUAUGCAGCCUCUGCUGGACCUGGCAGGUCAGGGGAAGAAGCUGGUGGAUGUAAAACAACAUUAUUCUUUUGCGCUGCUUUUCCCCCCGCCGCCCCCCCACGCCUCGUUAAGCUUUUUUAGUAUUGACUGCCCAAGCUGAGGAAACCACAAACCAGAUACUUAAGAGCUGCAGGCAUCCAGCCACAGCUGAAACUGUGGACUGCAGACCUUUGGCACCUCUGAGAAUUGGUCUGUACUGUCUCACGCUGGGUGGGCAAUAUCUAACAAACCUGUUAAGAGCACUACAGCCUCUGCCUCCUCAUCUUAGCCCGCCUCUGCACACCCCUGGCAGGCAGCUGGCUUUGCACUCUUUCUUUGCAAAUGCUUUUAAUUUUAUUUUUUUUAAGUGUUGAGCUGCUUUAAGGAUAGUGUAGAAAAGGUGCUGUUCUGAGCAGUGCUGGCACAACAUGCACCAAUGUUGAUAGAAUGAUUGUCAUUGUCCCUGAAAAUAUAUAUAUAUAUAUGAGAUGAAGUUUUGUUUUUAAUGAUUGAAUUCAUAAAUACAAAUUUUAAUGAUGUAUUUAAUAAAUUAUUCUAAGAGAAGUGCUGUGCUUUUUCAUCCAUUUCUGAUGCUUAUCCAUGUGCCUGUUCAUGCCAAAUCCAGGAAAGCACCUUGCUGGUUUCUUACAAAAUGAAGCAAGUUUUUUGCUCUCCCUGUGAAGGAUGGUGACUCCUGCCAAGGCAGCUUGAGGAAAACAAACACGGUGCAGCCUGACCACGGUGCUGAGCUCGUAGUUCCCGAUGGUUGGAGAGAGCUUGGCACCCUGUGGGCUUGGCUCUGAAGGGAGCAGCCACUGCAGUGCUGUGUCCCAAAGCCAUGGUUUGUCCUGGUGGUCCAUGGGUGCUGCUACCUGACGGGAGGGGUGUGCUGGUGGGGAGGGAGGGGAGAGUGGCCUCUCCCUUCAGGAGGAGGGAGCUGGAACAGCCAAGGUCUGGCUGGAAGGGCUGGAGCCCGACCAGCACGUGCCCUCUCCUAAAGAGCCACUUGGAAUAAACUUACUAAAAAUGGAAGGAGGCUCCUCCCCACACCCACAGGUUGGUGAUACCAUGUCUGAAGCAUGCUGGUGUUGCCUAAAGUGAGUGCAAGUAGCCUGAGGUGUGAUCUGUGUCUCAGGCACGAGGAUCCUUCUUCAAUUUAUGCUUCUGCCCAGCUUUUAUUAUUUAAGACUCUCCUUUGUGUGGUGGUCUGUGCCCGCCAUGAAAAGCAUUUUUGAUAUGCGGGGGGUCAAAGGCAGGUGCUUGUUUGUCCAUAAUGGUGUAUCUUCCCCAGUGCUGCUCUUCUUCCUCCCAGUUAGUUGAACCUGUUUUGGCUGGCUCAGCUCUUGUGGCCUUCCUUGCUGUCAGCAGUAUGUAUCCCUCCUUUCAGGCCUCAACCCAAAUCCCUUCCACGCCUCUAAAAAUUCGUAUGAGCUGUCAAUGCUCUGGAUGGGCUGGGCUGGGCUGUGGGCUCCUGACCCAGCUGGGCUCUGGGAGAGGGCUGGGCCUGAGCUCCUGUUCUCGGUGGAGGCGGUGGAGAGGAGGGACCAGCUGGACCUUCCGCAGCUCAUGCCUUGUGCCCAGCAUCUCUGCGGCGCUCCCGUGCACUUGAGCUUGCUCUCCCAAAUUAUAUUUGCUACAAACUGGUCCUUCAGCACCUCUUGCUGUGUGUGGAGUUCCCUUUGCAAAGCAAAGAGCGAGUGGGCGCGUUCUUCUUCAUGGUGUCCAUCUCCACUGGCUGCUGUGGCGGGAGUUGGAGCCAGACCCCAUGGUGGUCCUUGUUCUUUCGGAUGCUGGGCAGGGCACACCCAGCUCCUGCAGGGAGAGGCAGCUCUGGCCAGGAUGCAGCUGGGUAUCAGUCUGCGUUUGAGCAACCUUGCUGUUGUGCAAGCGGACAGAAAUAACUGGCAGAGCGCUGUGGUUUUCAACGUUCCUGCCCAACCUUGCCUGUCACCCAGCACUGCAGCAGGGAAUUGAAGCCUGACACAAAGAGCCUCGUUCGUGUUUUGUGGACCCCUUUGAAACAGUCCUGACAUGCAGGAUGGAGGAGCUAGUCCUCUCCCGCAGUUGUGGCCCCAGGGCAUGGUAGCAGGUCCUUGGGGUAUAGAAGUACUUUGGAUGAGCACAGUGGUACAAAACCUGAUGUUUGGGUGUGAGUAUGUUUCUCUCUGGAGGACUGUUGUCCUCAGUCUUGUUGCUGUCUCCUCUGCAGCCUCUCUGGCUUCAACCUCUUUAAGUCCUGGGUAGCUCCUGUAGGCCCUGGGUCAUCCCUCUUUCCCUAAAGAG